ACACCGAACACCGCAUUCGACUCACACUAAGGCUGCGGAGGACAAUUGCAAUUGAUAGCGAAGAGGACGCUGGUGAACUCGUAAUAAUUACAUAGGCAAAACAGGCUAGGACUGAGUUACCAAACAACCGCAUGUUUAAAUAAUUUGUCUGUGUCGGUUUUUUUCGAGCUCCGUCGUGUAUACAGAAGAUCGGUGCGCACGUUUACGGCGUCGAUGAUAUGAGUUAUCCGUUGAAUAUUUCUCGGGAGAGCGAGCAAAGCGCGACCGGCGAAAUCAAGCCAGAGCCGAAAUUUUAGCUUAGCUUUAGCGGCUAACUAGUCGUUAGCACCUUAGCCGCUAAUUCGGCCCCUUUAAACAGACACCUGCUCGCUGUUUUUGUUCUGUUUAAGUUAUUUACACGCAAUACCACAGUAAAAGGCAUUUUUAGUUUUUAAUUUUAAUUUAAAGCCCAGUAGUGUAGAAGGAAGGAAGGACCGUGUCAGGUCGAGGUCGGGUCCAUUACAGGCAAACGGGUCUCUUCGAGUGGCCGUUCACAAUGGACAACGCGCACACUAAGACGGUUGAAGAAGUUUACAGCUUUUUUAACGUGAACGAGAGUACCGGCCUAAGCUCGGAGCAAAUCAAGAAACAACGGGAACGAUACGGACCCAACGAAUUGCCAGCUGAGGAGGGCAAGUCCCUUUGGGCACUAGUGGUUGAACAGUUUGAAGAUCUGCUCGUGCGAAUCCUUUUACUGGCUGCCUGCAUAUCCUUUGUGCUGGCCUGGUUUGAAGAGGGAGAAGAAACAGUAACAGCUUUCGUGGAGCCUUUUGUGAUUCUGCUUAUUCUUAUAGCCAACGCAGUUGUCGGAGUCUGGCAGGAGCGAAAUGCAGAAAAUGCAAUUGAAGCCUUGAAGGAAUAUGAACCAGAAAUGGGAAAGGUGUACCGCCAGGAUAGGAAGAUUGUCCAGAGGAUCAAGGCCAGGGACAUUGUACCUGGGGACAUUGUGGAGGUUGCAGUUGGCGACAAAGUACCUGCAGACAUCAGGCUGACCUCCAUCAAGUCAACUACGUUGAGAGUGGACCAGUCAAUUCUAACAGGAGAGUCCGUGUCUGUUAUUAAACACACCGACCCAGUGCCAGACCCCCGCGCAGUCAACCAGGACAAGAAGAACAUGCUCUUUUCUGGCACCAACAUUGCAGCCGGCAAGGCUGUCGGUGUGGUGGUGGCCACAGGUGGGAACACGGAGAUCGGUAAAAUCCGCGACGAGAUGGCUGCCACGGAGCAAGAGCGCACACCACUGCAGCAAAAGCUGGAUGAAUUUGGACAGCAGCUGUCUAAGGUCAUUACGCUGAUCUGCAUCGCCGUGUGGAUCAUCAACAUUGGACAUUUCAACGAUCCCGUCCACGGAGGCUCUUGGAUCCGCGGGGCUGUCUACUACUUCAAGAUUGCUGUGGCGCUGGCAGUGGCGGCAAUCCCCGAAGGGUUGCCUGCGGUCAUCACCACUUGUCUGGCUUUGGGGACACGACGCAUGGCCAAGAAAAACGCCAUCGUCCGUAGUUUGCCCUCCGUGGAGACCCUUGGCUGCACAUCGGUCAUCUGCUCGGACAAGACCGGCACACUGACGACCAAUCAGAUGUCUGUGUGCAGGAUGUUUAUCAUCGACCAGGCUGAGAGCAGUCAUUGUUCCUUAAAGGAAUUCACUGUUACCGGCUCCACAUAUGCUCCAGAUGGACAAGUGUACCAGGAUGGAAAACAAGUCAAAUGUUCCAAAUACGAUGCACUGGUGGAGCUGGCCUCCAUCUGUGCUCUCUGUAACGAUUCCUCGUUGGACUAUAAUGAGACCAAAGGUGUGUAUGAGAAGGUGGGUGAGGCCACCGAGACGGCUCUCACAUGCCUGGUGGAGAAGAUGAACGUGUUCGACACAGAUUUGAAAGGCCUUUCCAAGAUCGAGAGAGCCAAUGCCUGCAACUCUGUAAUCAAGCAGCUGAUGAAGAAAGAAUUCACAUUAGAGUUUUCCAGAGACAGAAAGUCCAUGUCUGUGUAUUGCACCGCCAACAAGGCCCGCUCAUCUGCAUCCAAGAUGUUUGUCAAGGGUGCCCCUGAAGGAGUGAUUGACAGGUGUACGCACGUCCGCGUAGGUGUCAACAAGGUGCCCAUGACACCCGGCAUCAAGGACAAACUGAUGUCUGUGAUCAGGGAAUACGGAACUGGCCGGGACACCUUGCGCUGUCUCGCUCUGGCCACCCGAGACAACCCCUUGAACAAGGAGGACCUGGUCUUGGAGGACUGCACUCGCUUUAUUGACUAUGAGACCGACCUGACCUUUGUGGGCUGUGUGGGCAUGCUGGAUCCGCCCCGGGCAGAGGUGGCGGCUUCCAUUAGACUCUGUCGUCUCGCUGGCAUCCGAGUAAUUAUGAUCACAGGAGACAACAAAGGCACGGCAGUUGCAAUCUGCAGACGCAUUGGUAUUUUUGGAGAGGACGACGACGUCGCCAGCAUGGCUUUCACCGGCCGAGAGUUUGACGAUCUCAGCCCGUCUGCACAACGCGAAGCGGUGGUCAAGGCUCGCUGCUUUGCCCGCGUGGAGCCGUCCCACAAGUCCAAGAUUGUCGAGUAUCUGCAGUCCUAUGAUGAGAUUACAGCAAUGACCGGUGACGGAGUGAAUGAUGCCCCCGCCCUCAAGAAGGCCGAGAUUGGUAUUGCCAUGGGCUCCGGAACAGCAGUUGCGAAGACGGCGUCCGAGAUGGUGCUGGCCGAUGACAACUUUGCCACCAUUGUGGCCGCAGUCGAGGAAGGCCGGGCCAUUUACAACAACAUGAAGCAGUUCAUCAGAUAUCUCAUCUCCUCCAAUGUGGGCGAAGUUGUCUGCAUCUUUCUGACGGCAGCCCUCGGCUUCCCUGAAGCACUCAUUCCAGUUCAGCUGCUUUGGGUCAAUCUGGUGACUGACGGUCUGCCCGCCACCGCUUUGGGCUUCAACCCACCAGACUUGGACAUCAUGAACAAGCCCCCCCGCAACGCUCGCGAGCCCCUCAUCUCGGGGUGGCUCUUCUUCCGAUAUCUUGCCAUUGGAUGCUAUGUAGGCGCUGCAACAGUGGGCGCCGCUGCCUGGUGGUUUGUCGCUGCCGAAGAUGGACCAAGGGUCACAUUUUACCAGCUGAGCCACUUCCUGCAGUGUGGACCAGAAAAUGCAGACUUCCAGAAUAUAGACUGUAAAAUAUUUGAGUCUCCUUAUCCGAUGACCAUGGCCCUGUCGGUGCUGGUCACCAUUGAGAUGUGCAACGCUCUCAAUAGCGUAUCUGAGAACCAGUCUCUGCUACGUAUGCCUCCCUGGGAGAACGUAUGGCUGCUGGGAGCAAUCUGCCUUUCGAUGUCCCUUCACUUCCUCAUCCUCUACGUGGAGCCUCUUCCGAUAAUCUUCCAGAUCACCCCUCUGAAUCUGACCCAGUGGCUGGUGGUGCUCAAGAUCUCACUGCCGGUCAUUUUACUGGACGAGGUUCUGAAAUUUGCGGCCAGGAACUACCUGGAGCCGGGUAAAGAGCUGGAAAAGGCCGCCAGCUCGGACGGCUGCUGCCUGGCUGCAUGCAUGGAGGGCAUCUCCUGGCCCUUCGUGGCCCUCUCCCUCCCCCUGGUCCUCUGGAUCUACAGCACCGACACUAACAUGGCCGACAUGUUCUGGAGCUGACUGACUUGAGCACAACCUCGACUCUUCCAUCACCCACCCGCCCCACGCCUCCCAUUCACUCCUCCACCCCCCUCUCCCCCAUCCCUCUCUGCCCACCUUCACGUGCGUAGCUUGUGUGUGUGAGUGUUGUUUGUUUGUAGAAAUAGUGUGGGUGUGUCGAUGCGGAGGAGCAACUGUAACCCAUGAAGUGCAACAGUACUCUAAAUUCCCUUUGAGAAGUCACCCGAUUUGAGUUGGCCCAAGGCUUUAGCUGACCAUCACUCACAUAGAAGUGGACGAGAUUGUUCAACAGUUGCCAUUUUUCAAUUUUAUUUUUAAAAAUAAUUUCCAUGCCUUUUUAAGCUUUCUCCUUUUGUUUUUUUUGUUUUUUUACCGAAAUGUCAUCAGUCAGGUGGCACAAAGGUAACUAUUAUUUCGCGCAACUUCCCUCCUUCUGAAAAGAAAGUUGGGGACUCAAGAAAAUUGUGGAUCUGUCUUCAUAUGGAGCUUUAAUUAAUUUUUUUUUUUGUUUGUUUUUUUUUAAAUGGCUUUGUAAAUUUGUUGGACCAGCGUGACUUAGACGUACUGCCUUGAUGUUUCUUUUCUAAUUAACCAUUGUGUCUUCAGUGUAAACGUUUUUCAGAGGACAAGCGAUGCGUGGCAGACAAGAACUGGGGUGGGAAAGGUUUGAGAGUGAAUGUUGGAAUGGUCCAAUCAGAUGAUGUGGGGGGGAGAAUAUUCCGACAAAAAACCAAAACUAAACUGCAUGUCCAGUGACCAAGCAUGAACUGUAUAUGGUUGCUCAAUUCUAAUUUAAUUAUGUGUCCCUUCUACUCCAAAAUGUAAGACUAGAAAUUAACAUAAUGGAUUUUGUUUUUUCUUUAGUGAUAUGAUUUGAAAGAAGUCAUUUUUUUUCUGCACUGGGAAGAUCACAGCUACCUCAAUGUGAUACAAAUGUUUUUUUUUUUCUUUCUGUUCAUUUCUGGAUGCUUCCCCAAGAGUCUGUCUUGCUCAGCUGUGUACCAUCUGAGGUUUGGCGCCCCCUGGGUUGCUUGUGCAGAAAAAGGAACAGUUUUACUUCCCUCUAAUUUAGAAAAAAAAUCCUUUUGCAUGUUUUUUUUUUUUUUUACAUUCCCACUUUCGAGACCAAGUCAUUCAAGAUUGUGUACAUAACCGUCUUGAUGUUGAUUCAAAGGACAAUAAUACAAAGAACCGAUAAAUACGACUCAAAAAAAGAUAUCACGUGAUUUACCCCAAAUAUUUUUUUUUCCCUUUAACUUCAAAAAAAUAUAUAUACUUAUGAAUCCUUUGAAUCAAAGUGUUUGUCAUUAUUUGCUUGAAGGAACAUUACCCAUGUGUGUGUGGGUGGGUGUGUGUGUGUGUGCAACGAAUUUCACAUAGGAAUGCUUGGCUUUUAGAUGAGUUUGGUACUAAAUAUUGACCAUAUUUGGUGUGAACAUGUUUGAGUGUCCGUCCAGUUCAUGAAUUUAACACAAAAAGAUAUCGAAAGCAUGUUAGUGGUGAUAGAAGCCUGGAUGUGUUUGUGUACCACUUGACAACAUUGAUGUGCUUUUUCUUCCUUCAAUGCCCUCCACUGGCUCCCCUGUCACGAGAGUUGGCUGCCCUAAAAAUCUUGAAUACUUUAACGAGGACCAAGCCGUCGUCAUUCAUUCCGCACGCCGUGACGAUGAUGUAUGUCCACUGAGAAGAAAAAAAAUACUGAUGCAACAUUUGGUUUUAGAGAUCACGUAAUAAGUUGCCCUUUUUCUAUGUACAUAAAAAGCCAAUUUCUUUCACUUUUUUUUCUUUUUCAAAUCUGAAUCUUUGGUGUGCACUUGUCCUUCGCCAUGACGAUCCAUCCAUCCAUGUGGCGUAUCAAGAUGCCGAUUAGAUGGCAUGACUAUUGCCCAGGUGUGCUAAGGAAAGGCUAAAUUUGUACAGUUCCAAGACUUGCUGCAUUGCGGCAAUCAUUUAUUUUUAAUUCACAUCGUAUUUCUGACCAUGCCACCAGACCCCACUGCAGUAGAAGUGCAGUGGAGAGUGGCCUUUCUCUGGGCAGCGUUUUGGUAUACCACACCUGCGAGGUGGAUGAAUUGUUAAGGCGAGGGAGGCACUCAUAUAGCCGUUGAAAGAUCUGUGAACACUUGGAGCGUAUUAGGGCUUUUGCGCAUAUAGAAAUAUUCACCUUGUGAAAAAUGGGAGC